AUGACGAACGUGGAAACACUGGAGGAUUAUAGUGUGGGUCUAGCAGCAUCUCGAGUUGUGUCCCAGGAAGCGUGUUACGUGAGGCGACUGGUUAAAUCUUUCGAGCAACAAGUAGCCUUCAUCAAAGGCCAUCAGGAUGAUGGCAUGAGGGUUGAGUCUGACGUCAGAGUUUCCGCUGUUUCCCUUGACAAUCCUGAGGAGGAGAUCGGCUCGGAUCUUGCCAACUUCUGUGGCGACCUUCCCGUUUACAAACUGGUCACUGAAGAACAGAAUGACAGUGUACAAGACCGUCGUCAAGUGAGCGUCACCUUCACCCGCUGCAUCCUGCUGUGUUUCAUUCCCAGGUGCUUCACCACCACGCUCACGCUCCCCACUGGCUCUACCAUCACCUUCGGGUGGCUCUUCUUUGGUUAAAAUGACUGUUGAAGGAGCAUUAUUCUCCUUUCACUUUGGGCAAAUAGGCGGCUCUUUUACCUGUUUCGAUGGUGUACACUCACUUUUGAUUAAAGGUAAAUGCAUU